AUAUAUAUAUAUAUAUAUAUAUUAGCUCUUGCCAAUUCUGACUUUCCCAGGAAAGGCUGCAUGUCUCUCCCCUUUGUACCCUAAACAACCGUCAUAGUGAAGAGAAGGGUUCUGAUCUUCAACCGGCUUCUAAAAUGGAAACAAAAUCAGACACCAUCAUCAUCUUCGACAUUCACAGGAAUAAGGAUUCCAUCCCCGACAACAUCAAGACGGCUCCUGCAAAGGCGGGAGAUGAGAAAAAGAAGCGCGGUCCAAUGAACCUCCUCAGAGCAGCAUCAUUUAUUUUUCUCAGGUCUAAGAAACUGAAACCCAGUCACGUGGAUGUAGCCUCCAAUGGGGCAUCGAAGCGCCAGUCGCAUGUUGAUCAGGUGGCCCAGCCAGAGAUGGUCUCGUCCCCGACGGUAGAACACUCCAAGGAAUCAUGUGGGUUCUCGUCGCCCAUGUCUCGGUCCUGCUACGGCUCGGCCUCUUCAUGUUCUGAAGCCAGUACGAGCCGGCAUGCAUCCGCGGUUAACCUCCAGGAGCUCGACAGGAGCGAGGAUAUUGAUGAUGGUGCUGCUUACGCCAAUUGCAUCGGGGAUGAGAUGAUCGACGCUAAGGCAGAGGUGUUCAUUGCUCAAUUCUAUCAACAAAUGAGGCUCCAACGCAUGGACUCCAUCGAUCGUCGUUACCACGAGAGGACUCAGAGGUCAAUAGGUUGAAGGGUGGAGAGAGAGAAACGCAGCUUGGUUGUGAAAGUUUGCAAUUUGGCAGAGUUCCCAUGCAUAAUUUUGUUCCCUUGAUCAAGGCCAAUUUUCAUACUUCUCUGCUUUGUUUUUCAUCAUAGAAGACUGAAAGUUCAUGGGGCUGCCAACAAUUAUCAAAAUUAUUCUUAAUUAUUAACAUGAUUUUGUACUCGUAGUU